CAGUUACUUCGAAACAACUUUGAGUAAGCAGAAAUGGCCGAAACGACCGACUUCCAGAAGAGAUUGUUGCAAGUUGGAGUUGAUGGUCUGUUGUCAGCAAGCAUAGCGCUCGGUCAUCAACUUGGUUUGUUUGACGCUCUGGCCAAGAUCAGCAGCGAAGAAAAGCCGGCUACUGCCGCUCAAGUUGCUCAAGAAAGCAGAUGCAAAGAAAGAUACGUGAAGGAAUGGUUGGCAGUCAUGGGAGUGGGAGACAUAAUCACGGUUACGGAGGAUGAGAAGUUCUAUAUCAAAAAGGAAAAUCUGGCGGACCUGACUAGAGGGGCACAGAUCAUUCCGUACCACACCUUUCUGCCACUCUGCAUGAAAAGCUAUGAUAAGAUCGCAAAAGUGUUCACUGAGGAUGGACCUUUGGGUUUGGCUUACUCGGACUUUACUGGCUUUUAUGAUGCUAUGGCAUCAGUCAGUGAAGCAUUGCAUAAGAAGCAUCUCAUUUCUGGUUUUAUUCCAGCUCUUGGCUCAGGGCUCAAGGAGCGCCUAGAAAAGGGUGGCGUCCAGUGUUUGGACGUUGGAUGCGGCAAAGGUUUCCACUCUGCCUUAAUGGCCUCUCAUUAUCCAAAAUCUCAUUUUACUGGCAUUGAUAUCACGCAGGAUGCAGUAGAUAUGGCCAAUCAGCAAAAGAAAACUGAUGGUCAGGCAUUCGACAACUUAGCAUUCAUCCAAAUGAAUGGUGCUAAAAUGGAUGCCAGCUGGACGGAUAAGUUUGAUCUGGUCAUGAUUUUCGAUGCUUGCCAUGACCAAAUGAGGCCUGAUCUGUGCCUCAAAGAAAUCUAUCGUGUUCUCAAACCUGGAGGCGUCUUUGGAAUGCUAGGGGUAAACGGCUCAUCAAACAUAUACAAAGAUAAACAGGAGAUGGGUUUGAUGGCUGGGCAGCUGUACGGGGUUUCAAUGUUUCACUGUUUGCCAGUGAGCAGCAACUCAGAAGGUGCCCUAUGUCUUGGUGCGAUGUGGGGGAAGGAACGGGCCCAGAAACUUCUCAAGGAAGCCGGCUUCAAGCAGGUCGAUGUUGUGCCAACACCUCAGUUUCCCUUCAACAUCCUCUACGUCUGCAAGAAGGACGGCAUCAACUAA